GGACUGACGCAUUUCAGCGAAAUCGGAGGCUAAAAGGGCCACGGCGUCAGGAGAAAAAAUUUUGGGCGGCUUGGCCAGCCCAAGGGCUCCUUGGCUUUUCUCGGGUUUUUUUUGCACUGUUUUGACGGCGCCCAUUAACAGUUGCAGGUCAGAAACGGUGGACAGUUGUUCAGGAAAGUUUGGACGCGUGCGUUUAAGUGCGGGGAUUCAAGUAAUGCGGGCUGGUAAAAUAGAUGUUCACCGCCGUUUACUGAUAAAUAAUUUUUUUGUUGGAUGGCCGGAUGUUGGAAUCGCAGGACAGAAUUCGGUGCUUUCGCUUGGAGCUUCUAACGAAACUUGUUCUGCGAGGUUGGUAGUGGAGCUUGAGAGUGUUUUUACAGUUGGAGGGUUUGUUGUUUUGCUGCUAUUCGUUGUCAAAGUUUUGCUGAAACCGGUAAAACUAUUAUCCGUGAAAAAAGUGAUGAAUAGUGGAAUAACCAGUGAUUCCUUGGUGUAG